CUAUGAACCGAACCUCGCCCUGAACCUCGAAGUGGCCGAUCUCAUCAACUCUAAAAAAGGCAAUGCGUGAGUCUCCGGCCUGGCGUCGCGCAUCCUCUCCUGCAGGGAGCGCCACCGGAUCUAACUUCCCGUCUGUCUUAGACCUCGAGAAGCGGCCAUCGAGAUCGUUCACCUGAUCAACUCGCGGAAUCAAAACGUGGCGCUACUGGCAUUGGCAGUAGGUGCCCUCAAAACUGCCAUCGGAUCGCCUGGCGCUGAUCAUAAGACUGACGAGACAUUUCGACUAGUUGCUCGACAUAUGCGUGAAGAACUGCGGAUAUCCCUUUCACCUCCAGAUCAGCACCAAGGAAUUCCUUAAUGAGCUGGUCCGUCGCUUUCCUGAGCGCCCGGCCUUACGGCCAUCCCGCGUGCAGCACCGUAUCCUCGAAUCCAUUGAGGAAUGGCGACAAACUAUUUGUCAGACGUCGAGGUAUAAGGAGGAUCUUGGCCAUAUUCGGGACAUGCACCGCUUGCUACUUUACAAGGGCUACGUUUUCCCGGAGAUUCGCCAUGAGGAUGCUGCGGUCUUAAAUCCUAGUGAUAACCUUCGCUCGGCCGAGGAAAUGGAAGAGGAGGAGCGCGAAGCUCAAUCCGCCAAGUUGCAGGAGCUGAUUCGCAGAGGUACCCCUGCCGACUUGCAAGAAGCCAAUCGGUUGAUGAAGGUAAUGGCUGGUUAUGAUAAUCGGCACAAGACGGAUUACCGGGCCAAGGCGGCGGAGGAGGUCGCCAAAGUGCAGCAAAAGGCAAAAAUUCUGGAAGAAAUGCUGCAGAGUCACCAGCCCGGUGAUCGGGUCGCCGAGGGAGAUGUGUUCGAGGAACUGGCGAGUGCGCUUCAAAGCGCCCACCCUAAGAUCCAGAAGAUGUGUGAGGAAGAGUCGGAUGAUCCAGAGGCCGUGCAGAAAUUGUUGGAGAUCAAUGACAGCAUACACCGUACUAUCGAGCGAUAUAAGUUGGUCAAGAAAGGUGACUGGGAGGCGGCCUCUCAGAUUCCCAAGGGCACUCUGGGCACGACAACGGGUGUAUCGAAGAACGCUAACAACGAGCUUUCCCUUAUCGACUUCGAUCCCGAACCCGCACCCAAUUCUAAUGGUAACGGAGCCGCAGCGUCUGCGGGAGGUAGCUCACUGGAGAAUGACUUGUUGGGAUUGUCAAUAGAUGAGCCUGCUCCGGCUCGGGGUGGAAUCUCGUUGGGGCCUGCCCCUGCGGCGUCCGCGACGCCACCGAUCACUCAGGUGUCUGCUGGCUUCAGGCCUAAUUAUGACAUCUUUGCCUCAAGGAACACAUCCCAGCCAUCCUCGCAGUCAUCGACGCCGGCGCCGGGUGUGCGGCCUCAAAGCAUCGUCUCUUCGCCUGCUGCAGCAACUCCUCCCCCUGCUCUUGAUCCGUUCGCUUCUUUGGUUUCUGCCGGCUCGCGUCAGCCCAGCCCACUGUCCUCCGGUAAGCACUCGGGCUCUCAACCGGGUGCAGGGUCAUUAUUGGAUCUAAUGGGGAGCGAACCCGCGCCACUAGCAAUCAGCCAGACCAAGCCGACGGAGGAGGACGAAUGGAAUUUCGCAUCGUCCCUGCCGGAAAGCAACACGCUGCCCAGCAUGAACCGUGUGCAGGUGCUGAACUCGAUGCUCCGGAUUGAAUUCAUGGCGCGCCGGCAUCCCCAACAGACACAGCAGAUUCAUGUGGUAGCCCUGUUUUCCAACAGUACUAACCAGCCUUUGAACGAACUACACUUUCAAGUGGCUGUGGAAAAGGCAUACACAUUGCAAUUGCGGCCGCAAUCCGGACGAGACAUCGCACCCUCCCAGGCGAACGGAGUGCAACAGGAGAUGUUGGUGGAUAAGGUUCCGAUGGGCAAGGGAAACGCGAUUAAGAUGCGAUUCCGUGUCUCGUACCGGGUGGGCAACCAGCGCAAAGAAGAACAGGGCAUGGUUCCAUCAUUAGGAAUUGCCUAAGGAGAUGAUAGGCCGGAUUGCCGCUGACAUGAGGAUCAGGGGAGGGGAUACAAGGAAGGGAAACCCUCUGAAUAUAUGAUUUGAACCCGUUCCAGGCAUGGUGGAGUGCUUGAUAUUUGAAUCUCUGGUGACUUUUUGCGGUUUUGCUAUUGUUUGUGAGAGAAUUUCCGACUAGCCUGCAUAAUUUUCCGUAUCCAUGUAUACCUGAGCCAGUUUCGAAGCAGUGAGCGCAAUAUGGUCACUUUCUCUUGGGGAGCAGGAACUUCCCCUCCUUUCCUGCCAAUGUUCUCUUGUUAUCUGACAUGGACAGCCCCCGCCCCCCUCUCCGGACCGGUUUUGGGAGUGACCCUGAACAGCCACUGAAGGUUAUUCAGGGAUGAGGCUAGAAUAGGGACCCCUGAGACAGCCAUUGUUCCCCAGAAUGGAUUGGGUCGUUGCCGAGAGCCCGUACCAGGGCGCUCGACUGAGUGGCUGC